AUGUGGCAGCUGAAAGGAAUGUCAAUUACGGUCAACUGCUGUAAAGAAGAUCCUCAACGUGCCAGGCGCCAGCUGAUCUACGAGUACAAUCGCAAACCUUCAGUUUACGUCGAGAAUGAUCCUAUCAAAACCUGCCUACGGAUUCCUGGACGUGUCGUUGAUUUCUUCAAUGAUUUAUUCCAAAAACCUCUGGACGUAGAAGCCGUUGCUACUCAACCCCGAGAACAGGGAGAAACAUCCGAUAAUCUCGCAGCUGGAGCCCCUCGUAGUGCCGUGUGUGACAAUCUUGACGUUUCUGUGUACAAGGUUCUUCAGCGUGCCAUAUGCUACGCCGGUGCCGGAUUGGGUAUCGUAGGUAUAGGUAUGGUUUCUUUCUUCGCUCUUUUCACCGCAGCCGGUGCGGCAUGUGCUGUCAUCACUUGCAACAAGUUGGCCGACCAGCAGUGCCAAGAAGUCUACGAUCCCUGUGACAGCGAGGCCUACUACGAGGGCCAAACCAUAAUGACGGCGCAGAACAACUACCAACCGGGAUCCAUAACCGACAGAGCGCCAAUGCAGCAUCAUCGGUAUCACCCACCCUACUUGAUGUGA